UCACAUUCAAUUGUACCGUGGCAUCGAGACUUGAUCACACCAUGUCGAAUCGAAGUGAAAGGCGAUCGCAGCGUGACGUUACAAUUCGCCUUUUGAGAAACGACAGUGUAUCAUAAGCUUGCAAAGUGGGACUGUGGCCGAUAGUCGUCCUUCUGUUUACUCCUUCAGCUGCCUCGAAACGUUCUCUCUGCGUUCGUGCGGUGCACGCACGAGCGGGCAGAAUGUUAACCCACCUCAAUGUGUGGCGGGGUGUUACGAAGGCAAAUAUCUUCUGCUCACCACUUUCGGAACUGAACGGGAAGAAUGUGAAGGGAACUACUUCACCUCUUCCGGAAAUUUGCAGCGCAGAGUCUAGUCGGAGCAGUUUUCAACCCCCGGGGAGUGACGAACGUGAUGGCACCUCAAGAGCGAGAGAGCCGCGGGUGCUUCGGGCAGCUGUCUCCGGUAUUACGGAAAUUCUGAGAGCCUUCAGCCCAGAGAGAAAAAUUCCUCCUGACCCUCCCAUCAUAACUGAGAAAGAAAUCCUUGUGAUUGACCAGGUUGUGGAUGCUCUGCGGGAGGACUAUGCGCGUUCGUACUUUCUGACAGGAGAGUUUCUGGAUUCUCUCUACACGGAGGACUGCUUGUUUGCUGAUCCUACUAUUCAGUUCUCAGGACGAGAUUUGUAUAGACGUAAUUUAAAAUUGCUGGUCCCUUUCUAUGAGGAUCCUUCACUCACCCUUGAAAGUAUCCAGCAGGACGAAGAUGGUGACUCAAAGUUCGUCGAAACUUCUUGGAAAUUGAGAGUUUAUAUAAAACUACCUUGGAGACCCUUCAUUGCUGUGGAUGGUCGCACCAAGUACAGCUUGAAUGCCGAAAAUAAAAUCGUGGAGCACGUAGAGAGCUGGAAUGUGACAGCGAUAGAAGCCUUGGGGCAGAUUUUUAAGCCCUCCGAGAGGGCACUUUGGAAGACCUCCAAAAGUUAACUUUACUAGAAGUCGCGCUGAAGGUAGUCGAGCCUAUUCCCUUACUUCGAGGUGCGCGAGGUGUUGAUUUGCCGUUGAGAAAGAUGGUUCUGAUUUCUGCUUUUUAAAAGUGCUGAUCUAAUAUUCUAGGUGCCAGGCCGUAACAUGCAGAAUUGCCUCACACGCAUGAAGCAUGUGCGAGUAGCAUGACAAUCGUCAGUUGUACCGUUGUAAAUGGUCAAAGCAAAAGUGCAAGCACAAAGCGUGUCAUGAGGCUGUUGUAAGUGGACUGGUCAUAUUAAAUCUUGGACCUUUCGGUUUAGAGGGUCCAAUAUUGCAUGAGAAGCUUCAAAUUGACAACAUUUCAGUUCACCGUAAGGCGUAGAGUAACAUUGGGUAGUAUUAUCCCAGAUCUCAGCCACGGACCGACCACUAACUUAAAGAAGGCUUGAGCAAUUUCUGGAUAAAGAAGUGGAGGUACAGUCAAUGUUUCCUGAUCUGGAGAAGACGCACUAGUACUUCAGCAUCUUCCGAUAUUACGUAGUGGUGUACCUCGGAUAGUACAGUGCAGACUUUACCUCCGAGGGAGACUCAUAUUCUGCGGCUCUGCAUGCUGAUUUAAUCACAUGAGAAUUUUGUUUAGAAAGGACGUACAGGACUUCCUACUGAUCAGGGUUCAAGUCUGGAAGAGAGUACAGUACCCUAGACUUCUUCGGGCUAUCUUCAUUCAUUGGCAAUGUGACGAGCAAUUCGGAACACUUAAUGAAGAAGGAACCUGCAUGUUACUUAAUGAGCUCUUGCCAUAUGCAGAUCCAUUGCAGAACCGAACUUGAGAAGCUUGUCAUGAGCUGUUGUACUGCGACUGCCUGCCUGCCUGCCUGCCUGCCUCCUUUAUAUUCUUCAACUCAACGCACGACGUCUUUUUCAGGGAAGAAACUCCGCACAAAGCACAUUCAGUACAAUGUCAAAUUCUGGUCCUUUCCUGCCUUCGGAGCACAUCUUGCAUUGCAUGCGGAAACGUACCGGAGUGUGCUUUGAAAGCUAUGGUUUCAUAUCGGAGCAUGCACAUCUGCGGACGUACCGCCAGUGAGCUAUCCGUCACCUCACAAGGCCAUAUCUUACAGAGCAGCAGCAGCAGGCACGCACGCCCGCCCCGCUCCUGAAGUCAAGAGGACGCCGAAGCAGUACCUCGACUGUCCGGUGCGGCAGCGAUGGAUCUAUCGAUCGAUCUUAAAGACGCUACAUUCUUUGUCGUUUCCGGACGCAGCACAGAACAGACGUGUGACAUGUCUGUUCUGUGCAUCAUGUCACAUGUCUCAUGCAUUGAGCUCAGCUUCUUUGACCUGUCAGACUCAAGUGCCUGUAAGCGUGGCUCCUUCACCGACAGACUCAGCUG